GAGGAGAAGUUGACCUCAGUGACUUGGAUAAUGUCAUGCAAAAUAUGGGAAUAGAGCCCACACCUAAAGAACACUUGGAGCCAGUGAAUUUACUUCCAGUUUAUGGAUUGCAAGUUGGUGUUCGGGAUCUUGAUGCUAUUCUUGGAAACAUGUCAGUCAAACUCACAGCUGAGGAACCUAUUGACCUAACUCCAUAUAUACCAGUUGAUGAAGGAGAGGUUGUUGUCAAUGACAUGAAAAAAGUUCCUGGAAACAUGGGAGUAGAACUCAAAGAAAAGAAACAUGAGUUGGUGAACAACGUGCCAAUUAAUGGAGGGAAGGUUAACAUGAGUACUUUGGACAGCAUUCUGGGGGAAAUGAGAAUUAAACUCAUAGAAAAGGAAAAGGAAAAACUGACAGAAAACCUGCUAGCUAAUGGAAAAAAGGUUGAUGUCGAUGACCUUCCAAAUCUUCUUAGGAACAUGGGAAUUGAGCUGACAGAUAAGGAAUGCUCAGAGCUGAGGAAAAUCCUACCAAUCAAUGGUGGGAUGAUUAAUGUCAAUGAUCUGAACAAAGUUCUUGGAAACAUGGGAAUUAAGCUCACAGAAAAAGAACAUGAAGAUCUGAUAGCUAAUCUUCCAGUUGAUGCUAAUGGAAAGAUUGUUCUCAAUAAGCUAAUGGAUGGAGUAAAAACUGUUAUAGGGGAGGACAUGGAUAUCUCUGACACAGAAGGCAUUCUGGAAAACAUGGGGAUACAAUUUUCAGAUAAGGAACACUUGGAGUUAUUGAAAAAGUUAUCAGUUGAUGGAGGGGAAAUUGAUGUUGGUAAAUUGGACACAGUUCUGGGAAACAUGGGGAUGAAUCUCACAGAAAAGGAACUUAAAGAUCUGACACAGAGCCUGCAGACUGAUGUUGAUGAGAAAGUUGAUAUGAAAAAGGUAGUGGAUGAAGUGAAAGCAUUCACAGGUGAAAAUAUCAAUAUCAAUAACGUGGAAAAUGUGCUGAGUGAUAUGGGAAUUGAACUUCCAGAAACAGAAUAUACAAAGCCAAUGAAAGCACUGCCAGUUAGUGAUGAUGGAAAGGUGCAUACAAAGAGAGCACUAAAGGAUGUGAUGUCUUUCAGAAGAGGAAAAGGUGACAUCAGCAACUUGAGACCACUUCUAGAAAAAAUGGAUAUCAAACUCACUGAAAAAGAAUUUGAACGGCUAAAUGAAAAUCUACCUGUUGAUGGUAAGAAAGUCAGUGUCAACAGCUUGAGUACUAUACUGGACAAUAUGGGAAUCAGGCUUACAGAUGAGGAGCUUAAGGAUCUGACUCAGAAUCUCCCUGUUGAUGUUGAUAAGAAGAUUUCUCUAGAAACAUUGAUGAAUAAAGUGAAAAAAUUUAAAGGAGAGAAGGUUGAUUCUAGUGACCUGAAAAGUAUCCUGGGAAACCUGGGGAUUGAGCUCACAGAUAAGGAAAAAGAAAAGCUGCUGGAAACACUGACAACUGAUGCUGCUGGAAAAAUUCAUCUCAGUAGAUUGCUGAAGGGUGUAAAGUCUCUCCAAGGGGGGAAGGUUCAUAUAAAUAACCUGGACAAUGCUCUAGGAAGAUUUGGAAUUGAGCUCACAGAAGAGGAACUUGCAAAGUUGUCAGAAGACCUACAAAUUGAUGCUAAUGGGAAAGUUGAUCUGAAAGAGGUGAUGGAUGGAGUAAAAGCCACUACAGGAAAUGUUGACAUCAAAAACCUGGACACUGUACUUGGCAACAUGGGAAUCAAGAUCACUGAUGAGGAACUUAAAGAUCUGACACAAAACCUGCCAGUCAGUGUUGAUAAUAAAGUGUCCCUUAAAACCUUGAAGGAUGAAGUAAAAGCUUUUACAGGAGAAAAAAUUGAUUCCAAUAACCUACAAAAUGUUCUAAAAGACAUGGGAAUUGAGCUUACAGAUAAGGAGCUUGAGCAACUGAUGAAAACACUGCCCAUUGAUGCUCAUGGAAAGGUAUUUCAAAACAGAUUGCUGAAGGAUGUGAGGAGUAACAAAAGAGGAAAGGUUCAUGUAAGUAACCUGGAUACUGUGUUAGAAGCCAUGGAGGUCAAUCUUACAGAAGAGGAACUUGAUCACCUGAAGGAUCUUCUGAGUGCCUAUAAGAAGGUUGAUCUGAAAAAAGUGAUGAAUAGAAUAGAAGAUGUUACAGGAGAGGAAGUUGAUGUCAAUGACAUGGAAACAGUUCUAGGAAAUAUGGGAAUAGAACUCACAGAUAAAGAACUGUCAGGACUGGUGAAUAAUCUGCCAGUUGAUAAGGGAAAGGUCUAUCGAAAUAGGUUGCUGAAUGGUAUAAAGUUUCUUAAAGGAGGGAAGAUUGACUCUAGUAAAGUAUACACUGUUUUGGAAAACAUGGGCAUGAACCUCACUGAAAAGGAACUCAAAGAUCUAACACAAAAUCUACCAGUUGAUGUUAAUGGUAAAGUUGAUCUGGAAAAGGUGAUGAAUGAAGUGAAACCUUUUUCAGGAGACAAAGUUGAUACUAGUAAACUUGAAAAUGUUUUGGGAAACUUGGGGAUUAAGCUCACAUCUAAUGAACGCUUGAAUUUGCUGGAGACAGUGCCAGUUAAUGCUGAUGGAAAAGUUUAUCAGAAAAGGUUGAUGAAGGGCAUAAAAUCUCUCAAACGAGGCAAUAUUGAUGUCAAUAAGCUGGACACAUUUUUAGAAAGCAUGGGAAUCAAGAUCACAGAAGAAGAAUUCAUGGAUUUGAUAGAAAAAUUACCGUAUGAUGAUGAAGAGAAGAUCAAAGUAGAUACAGUGAUGAAAGAACUGAGUACUGUUUUAGGAAAGCAGAUAGAUGUCAGUGACCUAGAUAAAGCUCUGAAAGACAUGAAAGUAGAAGUCACAGAUAAGGAAUACUUGAAUUUAGUAAAAACUCUACCAGUUGAUGUUGAAGGAAAGGUGUUUCAAAACAGGUUGCUAGACAGUGUGAAGAAUCUUAAAAGAGGAAAGAUUGAUGUGAUUAACCUGGACACAUUUUUGGAAAAUAUGGGGAUUGAACUUUCACAUGAAGAGCUUGAAGAUUUUUCACAAAACCUGCCAGUUGAUGUGGAUGGGAAAGUUGAUCUAAAAAAUGUGACACUGAGAAUGAAAGACUUUACUGGACAAAAGAUUAAUGCCAGUGAUCUGAAAAAUGUUCUUGGAGACAUGGGGAUAGAAGUCAAUGAUAAGGAAUGUCUGGAACUGCUAAAAUCACUGCCAGUUGAUGGUGAUAAGAAAGUUUUUCAGAAUAGACUGCUAGCAGCUUUGAAGUCUUUUAAAGGUGGAAAAGUUGAUGUCAAUAAUCUGAAUCCAGUUCUGAGGAGCAUGGGGAUCAAGCUCAGAAAUAAGGAACUUAAAAGUGUAGUGGAAAAGCAACCUAUUGAUGCUGAUGGAAAUGUUCCUCUGAAAAAAGUGAUGAGUGAUAUCAAGGCAGUUACAGGAGAAAAAAUUAAUGUAGAAGAUCUGAAAAAUAUUCUGGAAGGUCUCGGGAUAGAAUUCACACCUAAAGAAUACUCGGAGCUGGUGAAAAAUCUGCCAGUUGAUGAUGAUGGGAAUAUAUAUGAAAAUAGAUUGCUAGAUGGUGUGAAAUCUUUCAAUGGUGGGAAGGUUGAUGUCAGUAAUCUGGAAAAUGUUUUGGGAAACAUGAAAAUCAAUUUCCCAAAUAACAAGCUCAAAGAUUUGUCACAAAACCUACCAGUUGAUGUGUUUGGCAAGACUGAUCUGCAUAAACUGCUAAAAGAAAUAAAGAAAAUAACAGGAGAAAAACUUGAAGCCAAGGACAUACACAAAACACUAAAAAACCUGGGGAUAGAGCUCACAAAUAGGGAAAUCUGGGAGCUGUUGAAAAUGUUGCCAUUUGCUGAUGAUAAAAAGGUAGAGAAAAAUGAUUUGCUCAGUCACAUCAAGACUUUUCCUGGUGGGAAGUGUCAUGUCUCUAAACUGGAAACCAUCCUAGAAAACUUGGGUUAUAACUUGGAGAAUGAGGAAGUUGAGGACCUGAGGAAACACCUGCCAGAUGAUGAUGAAAAGUUUAAACCAAAUACUCUCGUGCAAAAUGUUGAGUCAUUCAAAGGAGCCAAGAUUAAUGCUGAUGAAGUAGAUGGUGUUUUGAAAAACAUAGGGAUAGAACUCACACCUAAGGAACGCUGGAAGCUGCUUAAAACUGUACCACUUACUUAUGACAAAAAGUACUAUAAAAAACGGUUGCUCCAGGGUGUAAAGACUUUCCAAGGAGGACAUGUUUUAGAAAAUAAACUAGGAACCGCUUUGACAAACCUGAACUAUGAACUUGAAAAUAAAGAAUUAAAUGAUCUUCGUAACUAUUUGGAAAUUGAUGAUAGUGGAAAAGUUCCUCUGAACUCCUUGAUGAACAUAGCAAGUUUAUUUUCUGGUCAGAAGAUUAAUGCCAAGGACACACAACUUUAUCUGGAAAAUAUAGGUAUUGAAUUAACAAAAAGCGAAAGUGAGAAGCUAUUGGACACACUGCCAUUGGAUGAAAAUCAAAUGGUGUAUAAAAACAGGUUGAUGGAUGGAGUGAAGAAAUACAGAGGAGGAAAGGUUAAUAUCAAUAAAAUAGAUGAUGCUCUUGAGAACAUGGGAUUCCCACUUGAUGAGGAAGACAUUGAGGAACUAUGCAGUCACCUGCCGAUUGAUGUUGAGAGGAAAGUUAAACUGGAUAGACUUCUAGUUGAAGUACAAGAACUUCUAGGGGAGGUACUCGACCAUAAGGAUCUGGGAAAUCUUCUGAAAGACAUAGGGUUAAGAAACCAACUGAAGGAGAAUUCUGUGUUGAGGAAAAUUUUGCCACUUGAUGCUGCCGGAAAGCUGUACAAACAUAAGCUGCUGGAUGGCAUAAAGUCUCUCAAAGGAGUGGAUCUUAAUGUUGAUAAGCUGGACUGCUUCCUGGAAAAUAUGGGCUUUAAGAUUGAAGAAGAAGAACAUAAAGACCUGCUAAACAACUUGCCCCUGUAUGAUGAGGGGAAAGUAGAUGUGAGUGUGGUAAUGGAUGAAGGAAACUUUUUUACAGGUGAGAAAGUUGAUGCUAGUAACCUGGAAAAUUUUCUGGAAAAUAUGGGGAUAGAUCUCACGGAAGAUAAAGGCAUGGAACUACUGAACAAUCUUCCAGUUGAUGCCCAAAGAAGGGUGUAUAUGAACAGGUUAAUGAAAGAAUUGCAGUCUCUUGAAGGGACAAAGGUAUCUUCAGAUAAAGUGGACAUUUGCCUUAAAAACAUGGGAAUUGAUCUCACAGAGGAAGAAAUCCAGGAACUAAAGGACCACCUACCAGUUUAUGAUAAUGAGAAGAUUGAUUUAAAUGUGUUGGUGGAUAAAGUUAAAAAUAUUACAGCUGAUAAAAAGGUGUUUAAGAAAGAAUUACUGAGGGGUGUGAAGUCUUUCAAAGGAGGCAAGGUUACUGUCAGUGACCUAAGUAAUGUUCUACAAAACACUGGAUUCAACCUUGACGCAAAGGAAAUCCAGGACUUGCAAACCCACCUACCAAUUAUUGGUGAGCCUUUAGGAUGCCUUUAUCUUGUAGACGAUAACUCAGCUCAUUCUGAAAGCUGUGAGGAAAGACAUGUUCAGAAGAGAAAACUGAAAGCAGAGAUACAAUGUAGAGGCUGUUGCUGA